UAUUCUUCUUUGUUAGUUAGUUCGUUUAAUUUUACGUGUUUGAUGGUGCAUACAGUUACAACUUUUUGUAAAGUAUUUGUAUAAAAAUGGGAGUUUCUAAUUAUGAUGCGCUUCGCAAACAAGCAAGACAUCUAGAGAAUGAAAUCGACCUGAAAUUAGUUGCAUUUAGCAAAAUUGGUGCAGGCACCAGCACAUCCCUUCAUAGCAGUUCAUCAACCGACACAUCACCACUAUUAGGCGAGCAUGUCUUCGAUUCUCUCUCGGAGGAAAUUUCACAAAUGCUAGACAAGCUUACGUCGUUGAACGAAACAAUGUCAGAGCUUCCUGCAACAGGUGCGGCUGCUAUCCAUACACUCCAGCGUCAUCGUGAAAUCCUGCAUGGAUAUAAGCAAGAAUUCAAUAAAAUUUGCGCAAAUCACACAACCCGCAUAGAGCGUGAAGAAUUACUACGUGGCUCCGGGUUAGCCACAAACAGUCCAACUAUUUCUGGAUUAAGUAGACGCGAUUUGUAUUUGAAAGAAACUACUCAUUUAAAUAGUUCAAGUAACAUGGUCAAUGAUCAAAUAAACAUUGCUAUUGAAACUCGGGAACACUUACUUUCACAGAGACAGGCAUUCAAACGAUUGCAGACUCGGUUUAAUGACAUAUCCAAUAGAUUUCCUUUGAUUUCCAGUCUCAUACAAAGGAUCAAUAUAAAGAAGAAGAGAGAUUCACUUAUUUUAGGUGCAGUUAUAGCUUUGUGUGUAAUACUUCUAUUGCUCUAUGCGUUUAAUUAACCAUUUUUUCGUUUUAAAAUUCAAUUGGGUUCAACCCAAUGCAACCAGUCUAGAUUUUAAACCACAAAUUUCAUAAUAUUGUAAACGUUAUCCCGAUAUACAUGUGUAUGAAGAAAAGUGGAUCUAUAUUUUAUAAUUUUUUCGAAAUCAGUUAAAUUAUUUUACUUUUGUAGGGUAAUAAAUAACAAUUAAUUGUAUUGUAAUAUGUGAUAAAACAACGUUUAAAUAAAAUAUAAAAAAUAUAUAUAUUCAACUAAAUCAUCAAUACUUUUAAAUGUCCUAACUUUAUAAAAUAUAAACGAUUACAUAUUUAAAAUAUACUGCUUCAGUUCUCGUGACAAUUUUCACCAAACAUAUUGAAAGAAAAGUUAUACAUGCGUGAAACCAAAAUGAUUGCUCACUCACGUGUAGGGUGGUUGUCAUUUUAACAGCUGCGAGGAAACAGCUGACAGUGCAUUUCGUAAGCCGCGCAUGGCCAACAAAACAAAAAACCACCUAGUACAAUUUAUAUUUUUAUUGCAAAUAAUUGUUUUUCUAUUAAAAUUUUAAAUA